ACACAAUUGGGUCUGCAUCUGAUGCCUACAAUUUAGUAUCUACCAAUGGGUCAAUGGGAAAUAAUGAUAAUCAUUAUCACUAUCACGAGUCCAUAACCAUAACCCAAAAAGAAUGAGGUUGGGUUUUAGUCCAAACACCCUUCUUUCGCAAUCCUUCUCUUCCUCUUUGUUAUUGCCUUCCCUAGUUUUCAGUCUCUCCAAUUCACAGUUACUCCCUCAUUCUCGUCUUCAUCUUCAGCAUCCCCUCUCUCUCAAAACCAACUCUUCAGGGACAAAGAGCGCAAUUAUUCGUAUGCAUAAAGUUGAUCAUACUAUUGAGUCAACACCCGUUAAUUUGAUGGCUCGAGAACAGGAAUUUACAGAAGUGAACAGAAAUCUUUACCCGAAUGUAGAACCCUACAGCGCAGGGUUUUUGAAAGUUUCAGAUAUUCACACACUCUACUGGGAGCAAUCUGGAAACCCCAAUGGACAUCCGGUUAUCUUCAUUCACGGAGGCCCUGGAGGGGGAACUGGCCCAAGUAAUCGGAAGUUUUUUGAUCCUGAAUUUUACAGAAUCAUUCUAUUUGAUCAGCGGGGUGCAGGGAAAAGCACGCCCCAUGCUUGCAUAGAGCAAAACACCACAUGGGAUCUAAUUGACGACAUUGAAAAGUUACGAGAACACUUGCAGAUUCCAGAAUGGCAGGUAUUUGGAGGAUCAUGGGGAAGCACACUUGGUCUUGCUUAUAGCCAAUCUCACCCAGACAAGGUUACUGGCAUGGUCCUCAGGGGAAUUUUCCUAUUAAGAAAGAAAGAGAUUGAUUGGUUUUAUGAGGGUGGUGCUGCUGCAAUAUUCCCUGAUGCUUGGGAGUCAUUUAGGGAUCUGAUUCCAGAGAAUGAGAGAGGAUGCUUUGUUGAUGCCUAUAAAAAGAGGUUAAACUCUGACGAUGUUGAAACUCAGUAUGGAGCUGCUAGAGCAUGGACCAAAUGGGAAAUGAUGACAGCUCAUCUUCUUCCAAAUGAAGAGAACAUCAAAAGAGGGGAUGACGAUAAAUUUUCAUUGGCAUUUGCAAGGAUUGAAAACCACUAUUUUGUGAACAAGGGAUUCUUGCCCUCGGAUUCAUACCUGUUGGAUAAUGUUGACAAAAUUAGGCAUAUCAACACCACAAUUGUGCAGGGACGAUACGAUGUCUGUUGUCCUAUGAUGUCAGCCUGGGAUCUUCAUAAAGCUUGGCCAGAAGCAGAUUUUAGGGUCGUUGCUGAUGCGGGACAUUCAGCCAAUGAACCAGGCAUAACUGCUGAACUAGUGGCUGCAAAUGAGAAACUAAAAAACAUAAUCAAGAAUAAAGGGAACUGAAGUUACUCAACAAACAAACAAAGAAUAAAGGCGCAACGGGAGACUGAUCCGCAUGCUGCAAACAUUUCUGGUUUAUGAGAUUGUUAUCCUAUUGAGAAUUGUUUGUUUCAAAAUAUUAAGCAUACUGUACCAUAACCCCGAAACUUUCUUUCAUCAUCGUUUCAAAGGAAAUGCGAGGGAUUUAAUUUAUUAUAAAUUUAA